GCCUGGUAGGUAAAUGUCUAUUUUAAGCAUCAAGUCGUUUCACGGCGACUGGGGAAGCCUUGACCGAGGACUUUUGAUGACUGCUUCCUGGACGUGGAGACAAGUGAAGUGAGACGGACAGCGUAGCAUGUACAGACAAUAUUACCCAGAUGCUCCAGGGAUGCACAACAUGCCAGGAAACAGCCACACAUCAACAACGUAUCGAAGGAAUCCCAACUUCUGUGAGAGGAUCGGGAAUAGUUUAGUGGGGAUUAUUGUUGGUUUCAUCCUCAUCUUUGUAGCAUCAUGGCUUUUGUUCUGGAAUGAGGGCCGAGCCGUGCAGACGGCCCGAUCUCUGGAAGAAGGCCUCAGCAUUGUUGUGCCCCUUCAGACAACGGAUGUGGCUUUUGAGGGCAACAAUGGCAAACUUGUUCACCUCCAGGGACAUCUACAGACACACAAGAUGCUGUACGACCCAGUGUAUCAUAUCUCGGUGCCAGCUGUCAAACUCCGCCGCAGUGUGGAGAUGUACCAGUGGGUGGAGCAUGAGUCCAGAAGAGAAUACAAUGAAGGCGGCGAUACAAGGGUGGAAACAACAUAUUCUUACGAUUUAGAGUGGAGGACAGAACUAAUUAAGAGCUCAUCAUUUGACAGUUCAGUCGGACAUCAGAAUCCAACGUCUCUUUCAGUAUCGUCUGUCACACAUGUUGCAGACAGAGUUUUGGUUGGAAGUUUUUCCCUCUCAAAUGGUUUGAUAGAGAAGGUGACAGACUUCAAACAGCUGACUCCCACCUACAUCGGCCAGCCCCAGGACCCCAGCAUCAAGUUGUACAUGGGGGCACUCUACCACAGCUUCAACCCCGCCAUGCCCCAGGUGGGCGAUAUACGGGUGAAGUUUGAGUAUUCAGGUUUAAGCCAGGACUCCGCCCUAGGACCAGCAGCCAGGGUGAGUGUGGUGGCUCGGCAGAUCAACGAGAGGCUGCUGCCGUAUCAGACCGAGGCUGGAGACCAGAUUGAGCUGCUGUACUUCGGGGACAUGAGCCCCAAGGAAAUAUUUGGCAAGGAACAGGCCCAGAAUGCAAUAUUCACGUGGGCGUUAAGAUUCGGUGGUUGGCUGCUCAUGUUUGUAGCGUUUGGCUGCAUCACAAGUAUCAUCACUACCAUAGUUGACUGGUUGCCAAUUGUCCGAGAACUGGUUGCUAUGGGAGUAACGACGAUGAACCUCGCCCUCUCUAUCAGCCUCUCUCUGACUGUGAUUGCCCUGGGCUGGAUCACGUACAGACCCUGGCUGGGUCUCACCAUACUGGCGCUGGCCGUGGCGCCGCUCUUUCUGUCUAAACUGUCACCCAGGGGGUCGAACUAUUCCCGGGACACGAGGGCUUGAAGAUGAAGCAACGGUAUAUCAUGAAGAGUAUUUUAGUGUUAAUGGCUUGUGAUGACUGCAAACAGGUUGGAAACAUGUGGAAGUAUGGUCUAUAUUGUGAAUACCAUAAAUCAUGAAACUAAUACAUCACCAAAUUACUGCUAGUGCCAACACUGGCCUAUGAUGUGCCAUGAAAGAAAUGCGAGGAGCGCUUCCUUUGAAGAUACUACUGUAUGUUAAUAAUAGGAAAACUUCAACAAGAAUUUACUAAUAGACUUCGAACCUCAUGGUAUAGGAUGGGGCAGUAGCAGUUUGUGAUGAUCCUUAUUGUUAACAGGGUGCUUGCUAUGUACUGUAUUUGCUGUAUUAAGCACCCUGCACCAAUAACUGCCCCCUGACCAACCUUUAGAUCAGACUAAAACUCAUCUGUUUUUCCGCCCCCUAAUAAGACCAAACUUGAAUUAACAGUGCAUAUUUACUUGUGUGUAUGUAAUACAGAUUUGUGUACAGAAGAAGUGUAAAAGGGGUGUGUGAAUUGAGAGUCUUUAUAUGCAUUUUGUAGUUGGAUUUAAUUACGAUGAGGAAUAUAAUAAAUUUUAUAGAUUGCCUGGUGACUAAUUAUCAGAAAAUGUAACAAAUGCAGGGGUAGAAACUAACAUUUUUGGUCCACUAGUCCUUAUAAUGAUAAUAUAUAGCAAAAUCCUUAAAAAUGGCAAAUAUCUACUAGUCCUUAGGAUACCUUAAC